AUGACGACUAGUCAAUUCCUCAAAAGUGGCGUGUUUUCAUCCAUCAUGCUCCCGAUUCGACUUGGUCUUAAAUCUUCAACUUUAUCCUGCAACCUGAUCAAAGCCCAGACUAGAAAACCUGCCGCGAAGCCAACUAAUGCGUUUUGGAGUGCAAUCAUUGCAGCAGCAGUAACUGUCAUAACUAAAAACCUUUCUUUCUUGUCUCGUUCCGUUAAUCCUCUCCAGGAUGAUAUUGUGGAGGAUGGCGCGGUUGUUGCUGAUGGCGUUAUGGAAGCACUUGGAGCAUGGGUUAUUAAAUCUCUGGCGGAUAUAUUCAGGUUCUCAGCGACCGAGACAAAAAUCGGAUUAGGUGAAUACCAUGACUCCCAGAAUACAUUUGGGAAACUUUUGGAGCAGUUCAGUUAA